GGAGAAGUGUGGUGCGCGAAAAACCUCAAACUCUUUUUACAGACCCUUUUUGACAGACAGUAAUCUUGCUCCCCCAGAAAUCCAUCUCCAAACAAAACAGUUCGUCAUGUCUGUUAUCAACGACAAAGUAGUCACAAAUGGAAAGCAUGCCUACUUCCAGGAUGUAGAAGUGGUUGUGGGAGAUCCCGAGUACGAUGGACGGGUCAUUCUCUACGUUAUCAAAGCCGACGAGACCUCGUACAUCAACUACAUCAAGCCACUCAUUCUGGCGCGAGAAUUGAACGCCCCGCACGUCCUUGCUAUCAUCGAUACGCACAGCGAGUGGUACUAUUCAAUCCACCCCGAACGCUACGUUCCCGCGAUCCGUGACAGGGAUCCUGUCACCGGAGAGGACGCAAUCGUGUUCGAGGGAACUGCAUGCAUUCAGUAUCUUGCGGAUCGCUUCGACACGAACGGGGACUGGACGGGCCGUACAGCAGCCGAGAAGGCCGCUGUCAUGUCAUGGACCGAAUACCAGACUGCCGGGAUAGGGGCCACCGCCAAGUACUGGCUCUACUUCUCCAAGGGAUAUCCCACCAGAGCAAACCCAGUGCUGCUCCCUCGUACCAUUGAAAAAUUCCACUCGAACACCAUCAAGCAAUGGGAUGUCUUGGAGAAACAGCUGUCCAAGCCCGGCCAAGAGUACAUCGCAGUCAAGGACCGGCCAACGUUGGCAGAUCUAGCCUACUACCCUUUCGCAAUGCCGUGGAUGUUCAAGUUUCUUGGCGUGGAGGCGAAAAACUGGCCGAGAAUCGAGAAAUGGGCCGAGAGGAUGUCGGCGCGACCGGCGUUCAAGAGCGUGUUGGAAGCGGCGCCGUCGAUUGGGCAUUGAGAAGCAUAAAGCUGGAGACCGUUGUGUUGAUUGAGGGUUUGCUUGGCAGGUGUUUGAAAGUCUCCGAGUUUGUUACUGCGAUGGUUUGUUGUUGCGGUCCGUUGCUUAUAGAACGCCGAACCAAUCAUGUCUGUACCUCUUGUAUAGCACCCCAACAGUGGUCGACACAACACCCAUCACGAAAGUUUAGUGCAAAUUUUUAGAGUGUUAGG